CUCCCCCUCAUGUUUAUUAAAAAACGUGGCAACAUCGCAAUGACAGAGACCCUGCCCGCAACGUUCUCCGGGAACGUAGGUCUAGUGUGACGUCACGGUAGCCUAGUUGGGUUAGGUUUUACGCUGGAAAUUCUAACGAAAAAUUUUUUGUUUGACGAUUAAUGUUUUUCCCAUUGUGUCCGCUGCAUCGAACGACGUGAAGAGUUAACGCAGUGGCGAGUAAUAAUCGUAUUUCGUAAGCCGUACGAUCGCGAGACUUCGCGCUAUCGGCGUAUAUGAGAUUUUAAACGGAAAAUGAAUCGACAUGAAGGGGUAAGUUGCGAUUCCUGCUUAAAGGGGAAUUUUCGAGGUCGCAGAUACAAGUGCCUAGUGUGCUUUGACUAUGAUUUGUGUGCAACCUGUUAUGAAGGGGGUGCUAGUACUACGCGUCACCUCACCGAUCACCCUAUGCAGUGUAUACUUACUAGAUCUGAUUUUGAGUUGUAUUAUGGUGGAGAGGGAGUAAGUAUAGAGCAGCCACAAUCCUUAACUUGUCCUUAUUGUACAAGAAUGGGUUUCACCGAGGCAACAUUACAAGAACACGUUGCUGCAGAGCAUUCGGAUAUUACUUUCGAUGUUGUUUGUCCAGUAUGCGCAUCUAUCCCAGGAGGAGAUCCUAACAAUGUGACAGAUGAUUUUGCGGGUCAUUUGAGUUUAGAGCAUCGUAGUGGACCAAGAGACCUGAUCUCUCUUCUGGACGAGCCACCUCCAAGUAGACUUAACAGUAGUAGGCGAAUAACACAUCCGUCUAGACCUGUUGGUGGGUCACGACCUCGCAGGUCCAAUAUGCAUUUCAGUUCGUCCGGGGGAUUGAGUCCGAGUAGUCGAGAAAGUAUAGAUCCAAUUGCAGAGUUACUCUCUCAAUUAUCUAAUGCUCGUAGAAGUGGUGGAGGAACUGGCCAAGGUUCAUCAGCACCCUCACAAUUGCAACAAUUACAAAUGCAGCUACAGUUGGAGCGACAACAAGUUAGAGCUGCUAGGCAACAAUUGGAGCGAUUACCGAGGAGACAGCCUCAGGUACUUGGUUCUGCAAGCUGUGGAGGAAUUAUUAGCGGAAGUGGUCAUUCCACUACUAUGACCAGUGUCGUAGCGAAUAGUACGAGUAGUAACAAUAAUACAACUAAUGUGGCGAACCCGUCCGGCGUAUCAUCUACUAAUUCACAGAACUAUAUGUUUCUGUUGCCAAAAUGUAUUACCAGUACCCUCUCUGACUCGCAGUUACAAAAUAUUGAACGUGAAAGUGCAAAUAGGAGUCUCUUUACACGCGAACUUAUUCUUGGAACACUUUCUCAAACAUUGCCCGAGUUAUUACAGCAAGAGUCUGUAGCGCAAACACCAGUAUCGAGUGCAACUACUGCCACAACCAGUCCUGAAACACCAAAUGCUAAUAUUUCCACAGUUUCUACGAAAAAAUUAAGUUUAACUCAAGAAGCGAAAAGGGAUCAAACAAUGAGUAAAAACGUAACGCAAACGUCUACGCAACAGUCGCAUACUGUUCAGUCUACUGCUGGCAGUGGAGGAACCGGUCUCCAAAGUCAAGGAUUACCUCCAAAUUCUAAUAACCUUGCAUCGCAAAAUACACCUAUGGUUCAAACGCUGAUGCAUAGCGUGUUACCACAACCGUUGGUACUGCAGCAAUCACUGCCGCCACCAAUUAGCAGAACUAUCAGAGAACCGAUAGUAACCCCAGCGUCAGCGUACCUUAGAGGUGGGGUCGGUCCAGUUGGCGUGACAGGUCCGCGUAGGAAGCCGGUUAGGGCUGUAGAUGGGAGAAACCAAUCUACGGAACCACCGCCUCCACACUAACCCCUCCUUAGCCCGUACCCACCCACCCUGAUUCCUCACAGGACCCUCUAGCACUAGUCCUAGCACUGUUUAGAACACCUCAUCAUUAUUGUUAUUAUUAUAAUAUUAUAUAUUAAUAAUUAUUCAAAUGCCCUCCUCCUCACCCUCCCUAUCUUAUCAUUUUCCGAAACUCUAAUCUCGCCAUCUUUCGUCUUAACGUGACAUGGAACAAGGGCAAGGGCUGAUUCGCCGAUACAUGCAAAUAAUGUAAAUAACUCACUUCUUGCAGUCAUACACGCUCCUCAGUGAGUCUUGCCACGUUCUAUAUCGAUUUAUCAUAACCGUUUACGAUAAGUUGAUCAAGGAUAGGGACUGGCAGGUGAAAAAAAAA